UCACUGAGGAAGAGGCAGUAGAAGCCUUGGCUUCCUCCUCCUCCCUCCUCCCUGCUGCUGACUGCACCGCUAAGCCUGGCCUGGGCUGCCGGCAGGUUGUCUUGGCAACCGGAGGCGGAGAGGAGAUGCGCUGAGGGUUGGAGGUAUAUGUCACGGAGGAAGCUGCCUUGCUCCUGCCCCACGCCCCAGGUCCUUGAAGGGCCCGACGAGUGAUCCGACCAGCAAGCGACCUGCCGCAUGGAACGGCUGCAGAAGCAACCACUUACCUCCCCAGGGAGCGUGAGCUCCUCCCGAGGCUCCAGUGUUCCAGGCUCUCCCUCCAGCAUCGUGGCUAAGAUGGACAAUCAGGUACUGGGCUACAAGGACCUGGCUGCCAUCCCCAAGGACAAGGCCAUCCUGGACAUUGAGCGACCGGACCUCAUGAUCUACGAGCCACAUUUCACCUAUUCCCUCCUGGAACACGUGGAACUGCCCAGAAGCCGGGAGCGCUCUCUGUCACCCAAAUCCACAUCCCCCCCACCAUCCCCAGAGGUGUGGGCAGAGAGCCGGCCUCCUGGAAUCAUCUCUCAGACUUCAACUCCGAGAACCACAGGGACCCCCCGGACCCCCCUGCCCCAUUUCCACCACCCUGAGACUUCUCGCCCAGAUUCCAACAUCUACAAGAAACCACCCAUUUACAAGCAGAGAGAGUCUGUGGGAGGUAGCCCUCAAAGCAAACAUCUCAUUGAAGACCUCAUCAUCGAAUCAUCCAAGUUCCCUGCAGCCCAGCCCCCUGAUCCUAACCAGCCGGCCAAGAUCGAAACCGACUACUGGCCAUGCCCCCCAUCGCUGGCCGUUGUGGAGACGGAAUGGAGGAAACGGAAGGCAUCUCGGAAAGGCGCAGAGGAAGAGGAGGAAGAGGAAGAUGAUGACUCAGGAGAGGAGAUGAAGGCUUUCAGGGAGCGUCAGAAAGAAGAACUCAGUAAGGUUACUUCCAACUUGGGGAAGUUGAUCUUGAAAGAAGAGAUGGAGAAGUCAUUGCCAAUCCGGAGGAAAACCCGAUCCUUGCCCGACCGAACACCCUUCCAUACCUCCCUGCACGCUGGAACGUCUAAGUCGUCUUCUCUCCCCUCCUAUGGCAGAACCACCCUGAGCCGGCUACAGUCCACAGACUUCAGCCCAUCAGGGAGUGAAAGUGGAAGCCCAGGCCUGCAGAACGGAGAGGGCCAGAGGGGGAGGAUGGACCGGGGGAACUCCCUGCCCUGUGUGCUGGAGCAGAAGAUCUAUCCCUAUGAAAUGCUGGUGGUGACCAACAGGGGGCGAACCAAGUUGCCUCCAGGUGUGGAUCGAAUGCGGCUUGAGAGACAUCUAUCAGCUGAGGACUUCUCAAGGGUGUUCUCCAUGUCCCCCGAAGAGUUUGGCAAGCUCGCUCUGUGGAAACGGAAUGAACUCAAGAAGAAAGCCUCUCUCUUCUGAUUGCCCCUCCCAAUCUGCUCUGUGACCACAAUGUCCCCUGCUGCCUCAGGGCU